GAGGCCGUUAACGGCGGCGCGGCGGGGCCGGGGCUCCAAAACAAAGGGCUGGCGGCCCGCGGGGCGGCGGCGGGAGGAUGCCUCGCGCCCGGCGGAGGUGCCAACGGCCGCAGCGCGCCCCGGGCCGCGCCGGGGCCGCGUGAGAACCGAGCCCGCGCUGACCGAGGCCCGGGCCGGAUGGCACUGCGGGCUGGGGCGCGGACCGCCGAGCGGCCGUCGAGACGUUUUCCUCUGGCCCCAGCUGUGUGGACAGGGCCACACGCCCCCUGACCCACCACGGCGCUUGCGUGCAUAUUCCAGUGCUGCUUCUGUGAGAGGCCCGCGCCGAGCGAGGACUGCCCCGCAGACAUGGUGAAGAUGACCAAGUCCAAAACCUUCCAAGCUUAUCUGCCAAACUGCCACCGCACGUACAGCUGUGUCCACUGCAGAGCCCACCUGGCCAAUCACGACGAGCUCAUCUCCAAGUCCUUUCAGGGAAGCCAGGGGCGCGCCUACCUCUUCAAUUCUGUGGUGAACGUGGGCUGCGGCCCCGCCGAGGAGAGGGUCCUUCUCACCGGCCUGCACGCCGUCGCAGACAUCUACUGUGAGAACUGCAAAACCACGCUCGGGUGGAAAUACGAACACGCCUUUGAAAGCAGUCAGAAAUAUAAGGAAGGGAAAUUCAUCAUUGAGCUUGCCCACAUGAUCAAAGACAAUGGCUGGGAGUAAAGCGAAGGCUUCCUGUUCUCUUCCGAAUCCUGUUUGGCGAGAGACUUUAUUGGAAUGGAAACACAGGAGCGCCCUGGAUGACUGUUUCUUGAACUUGAACCUUGCAAGCCUGCCCCUGCCGGCCGUUCCCAUGGGUAAGGCUCCAUGUGGUCUAUGUCCUCUUCCGGUAUGUGGUCGUUUCAGAAACGUUCCAGUGACCCUUUUCUAGUGUCUCCAACUCUAGAGGAAGAAUUAACCAGCUGGUGGCUUACCUGUCUAGUUGAUACCUUCUAGAACCUGUGACUUUAAGAUCAAGUUUGGCUGCUUUCAUAGCUGACAGAAACGAGCCGAAUCUACAGACCAUGGGGACAGGGUCUUUAGAGCAGGUUCACCCCUGUCGUUUAGGACAGUGUUAUAGCCCACUUUUUCCUAAUUUGCAAAAUUACAAAUUGGUUAUUUCUCUUGCAAAUGAGCUGUUAAGUCACAGUGCUCAUUUCAGAAUAUUCCAGAAGCAGUCAAAUCUGUACACGAAGGGUGUUUUUCUUAGCCUUGUUCAAAACCAGAAGAUACCAUUGAUCACAUUUUAGGUGAGCUAGAAAUAGAGAAAUGUGUUCAAUGGAACAUCCUGUUUAUUUAAGCCAAUAGCCUCCUUAUCUAGGAAUCAAGUGAACCAGUUGUUAGCAAAGACUGACCCAGGGCCUGCGGGCGCAGCUGUGCCAGGGCCAGGGCCCGGACCAGGCUCCGGAGGUGGGGCUGACGUGAGGCAGGCAUUGAGCGGCUGGGCCAUGGAGCACUAGUUUAACACACUGGACUGAGUAAAUCCAACUUCCUUUUCUACUCUGAUGUACUUGAAGAAAAAUAAUUAUUUUUGCAUAUGAAAGAGGCCGGAACUAACAGGAUAAACUUUCAAACUUGA